UUGACAAGAUAUCGUUGCAGGUUCAAUCCCUACGAUAGAGCUCCAUUUCGAGCACUUCAAAUCGGUGAUGAGUCGGAAAGCUGUGCUCGCCAUGCGCUGACCUACUAUCGAGCUUAUGUAGCCUUUUCACGGAUCUGUCAUUCUCCUCAGAACGCUACAACGAUCUCUCUCCGACCAGGAACUGUGAUCUUCCUCGACAACUUCAGAAUAUUCCAUGCAAGGACUAGUUUCAAGGUAUUCCAUGCUCCUUUUUCCAUUAUGUUUUCAUUUCCUUGA